CAGUAGAGGUGCUGUAUGCCAAGAAUACCUUCUCCUUCUCCCACCGAUUCCACGAGGGAUGCUCCUCCAAGGUCGCUGCAUCCUGGCUGGCGGACAGACCGACGCCCGCACUCGCCAACCUGCGCGCCGUGGAGCUAUCCGUGACGAGGCACGAUCGCCUGAGCCCCGCCGUAACGAAUGCCGAGUAGUUCAGGCUCUGUCGUACGCUUGGAAGCGAGCUCAAGCUCCGACAUCUCGGUCUCAACUUGGUGGGCACGCCCACAUUCUCCCCUCCCGAACAGAUGCGUGUGUUCCACCCAAGGCCCCCUGGCCCUUCAGCGGAGGACUGGGUCCCUAUCCUUCUUGAUCGCAUGCGAGGCCUUGAGAGCGUGACUAUCCAGCUUCGUGUACAUCAUCUUAUUGAUGCCAACAAGGUAGUGGAGCUCUUGACUAAGUUGAGGACCGGCCUGCUGAAGGAUGGCGCAAAGCUAGGCAGCAAAGGGAUUGUCGUCGGAAGAGGCCGCGGUGUGUGGCAGAUCGCUGCUUGUACCGAGUCUGCCGAUGGACAUUCUGUAUUCGAGACGAAGGAGGUGGAGACGAAGCCAGUGGAGACAAAAUCGGUGGUUCAUAGUAGGUCUAACGAUCAACAGCCAGAGGAUAUGGACGAAGACAUGGACACAGUUAGCAAUGCAACUACCGCUGGAGGAAUGGAGGAUGAGGGAGAAGCAGUGGCUAACUCGCCGCCACCACCGGUGAAAUUCGUACGGGACGCUUUCGGCGCCGCAGUCGACCUAGAAUGCACAUACGGCUUGAGCAAUGAAGACUCUUCUGAUAUGGAAGACGUCUACACAGAGAGGGAUGACCUGGAGUGUGUUAUGCAAUACGUCAACAGCAUGGUUGGUGUAACCUAGCUGCUUGUCUUUCCACUUCCUUGCUCCUUACUGAUGGAUAUCCAUACCUAUUCGAGAUGGCGACGAUAACGGUGUGGGCAGACCCUUGGAUAAGAUGUCUUACAACGCCUCAAGCGGCAACCAAGAGCCUAGGG